GCUAAAGAACAUAUAUACACACACAAAAUACAGAAUGGAAGCUGAAAAGAAGAGUGCCCAUUUUCCCCAAAUCUCAACUUAUAACCCUCAACCACUUGUCCUCUCCUCUACCCAAGAGCACUCUUCUUCAAAAACCUCUGUCAAACCCUCGAUCAAAUCUACUGUUGCUGAUGUUGACUCCGAGCUCAGAGUUUUCGGCGCAGAAAAAUACUUCAGCAUGAAGCUAGAUCAUACUGUCUCCACGGUGGAUAUCAAUAACCAAAAGGAAAAGGAAAACAAACAUGAUCCUUAUCCUCAUCCUCAAAUGACCAAAACAACGUCAACUAGAUCAAGAACAAGCCGACAUGGAACUCCAAGUGUAAGAUCCGAGUCAAGUUACAACAGUGAAACCUUUCUCAUGAGGUUUAACAACAACAAUGAUAAUAAGCAACGUAAAACGAACGAGACAAGCAUCUCUUUUGGUGGGUUUCGAUGCUACGGUCCAUGCUCCAGGGUUAAAACCGUCAAUACCGAGAGGAAACUAUCUGGUAACGGUAGAAAUUAUGACCGGGAUUAUGUUGCUUAUGACGCAAGAAAGCACAUCAAUAAACAAAAACUCCGUUUAGAAGCCAAGAAAGCAGAUUAUCCGGAGCCACAAAAGAUUCCAAUACCUAUUCAAAAGUCUGAUAUCACCGUGAACCUUGAAAGAAAGCUCUCUAUGCUUACAUGGGACGCGAUACCAAACCAUCCCUCUACCAAGAACAACAAUGGUAAUAACUCUUCAACGAGUAACAAGACGAUAGAGGAGGAGACAACAAGCGAAGCGAGUUCUGAUUUGUUCGAGAUUGAGAACAUAACGAGCAGUUUCUAUGAGCCGAGCGAGGCUAGCAUUGGAUGGAGUGUGGUAACAGGAAGUAUGGCAGAUGAAUCAGUUAUUUCAGAUUUCAAUAUGAUUAAGAGAGGCACGAGAAAUGGUUCGGUGGUUAAAACCAAACCGGUGAUUGCUGAAAAGGUCCGGUCGGGAAAGUUUUUGUCCGGUUGUAAGAGUAACAAAGCUGUCUCGGUUGUAGAUAGUACUAGAAAUUUUAAAGAAGCAGCCAAAAUUGAUCAGCAUGCGGUGUCUGAUAUGAAAAAGUUUAAAACUGAGAUUAUGAUUCAAGACUUGAGCUUUCUUUAAGAAACA